UCAUUCAUUGAACUUGGACAUUUCAAGUCUAGUUAUUGGAAAGUGAAUUACAGCACCCUUAGAGUCAAGAUUAAUAUGAUUCUGAGUAAUUGCCUUCCAAAGUUAUUUGUGCAUACAUUGCUUAAUAUAAAUAACUAUCAAAAUAAUGUAAAUAAACGAUUCGUUGCCCAUUUCCAGAACUAAUACUUUGAGACAUGUUUAAUAAGACAUCAAACUGUUGAUCUACAGUUUAAUGUUACACACACUGUAACAAAAACAUUAAAGUUUAUUUAUGAAAUUUUGUAAACCGUUUUACAUAUCACAGAUUAAUAGUAAGUUAUAAGCAUCAGUAAUUAUUAAUAGUCAUCAUUCAUAAAAUAUUAAAAAAUAAAGAUGGUACUGGUGAACCUGUAUUCUAAUAGGGCAUUUAAAACAAUGUUUAUGUAUUCCCUAUGACUAUUGCUCUCAUGAUAAUCUGUUAUAAAUAGACGGUAUAAAAUUAUUCUGCAUAAUAUAAUCAAUGAUCUUUAAUCACAAAAAAAUAAAUUAAUGAUAAAUUUCGUUUAAAGCAUUAUCAACAAUAUUCUACAACUGAAGUCCAUCCAUUAUUUACAAAAAUUGUGUUUAAGAAAAUAAUUGUUUUUUAAAUAAAAUUUUAUCAUCAUGUGUGCAUGUUAUUACUUAAGGGUAACUGACUAAUUUAUAGCAAAUGAGAAAUGUACUAUAAUUACGGUAUAUCAUGUAGCUAUAGCCAGCACGUACUGUACUGUACAACUAUGUUGUAAACGGGAAACACAAUUUUUCUUCAAUAAGGUAAUGGCUAUAUUUUAAGUAAUUUAGUUGAUAGUGAUUUUGACAUUUAGUCAAUGUGUCUCUCAGAUAAAGAAGCUCUAAAGAUUAAAGAAACUAAUAUCAUUAUGUCAGUAAGUUAUAUGUUUCUAGUAUUUAUUUUUGUAAUAGUUUUCAUACAAUUUCGAUGGAUUCAAUGUGAUUUAAAUUUUCAACAAACACCGUUAAGUGAUGAAGUGAUGGAGGGUAACGCUCAUACUUUUACAUGUGUCGUCAGUGGUAUGCAGAAUCAACAGCAACUAAUGUGGUCAAAAGAUGGAGAAAAAAUAAUAAAAACAGACAAAGAUUUGCCGAGAUGGACUAUUGGAAAUAAUGAACUCUUAGAGACUGGAAAUAUUUCUAUGUUUGUUAUAAAUAGAGUAGUGCGAAAUGAUAAAGGAGCUUAUACUUGCGCUGUAGUGUCUAAACAUUCAGGACAGAUUUACGAGCGUUCCCGGGAAGCAAUAUUAACUGUUAACUCGCUUCCUAGGCCCCAGUAUCCUAUUUGCUCUGUUUCUGAUAUUAAUGUUGAGGCAGGAUCAACAAUCACAUUAUCAUGCACAUCAGAACAUAUAGAACCAGAAGUGAGUUUGAAGUUUAUGCAACAAUCUAAGCUUCUCGGAGGAAAAAUGAUAGUACAUAAUAAUGACAAACUUGUCGAUCUACAGCUUGAGUUGAAAGUUACUAAACAAAAUGACAGAGCCACUAUAAUAUGCAAACAAUCAUCAAGUUUGUUACCAAAUGAGUUUGCCACAUGUUCAGUUGGUCCAUUAAAUGUACGAUAUAGACCAGAAGUCAUCAUUCAACAUACAAAUCCUGUGUUACUUGGUCGUGAAACAAUUGUGUUUUGUCAAACGACGGCCAAUCCACCAGUUACGAACCACAGGUGGACGUUUAUUCCUAAUAUUCCAGAAAGUGAAUAUACAACUGAUGAAACGGGCCAAAUAUUGAAGUUAUUCCGACCAACAAUAAAACAAAACGGGACUCGUAUUACAUGCACUGCUCGGAAUAAUAUUGGCGAACAGUCUUCCACUGUAACAAUGAUGGUUGCAUAUCAAGCAAUAUCAUCCAAAAAUGAAAAUGUAAUAGAAAAAACAAAGAAUGGAGAGAAACAUCAAACACAAAAUGCGGGAAUAAGAUUAUCAUUGGAUGUUGUAAUUAUCAUCGCUUCUGGUGUUGUUCUUAUCGUAGUUUUAAUUGUAUUAGUUCCUAUUUACCAUUACUGUUUGUGCCGUAACAAUGAUACUGCGACCUUAAAUGCAUCAGGAGAAGCAGUAACUCAACCAGAAGUGUAUUAUGAAUCUAGAGAUGGAGUAAUUUUAAGACAUACGAUACAAGAUCGUUCGUUGCCUCGUGUACCUACUACAGAAGUGUAUGGUCAUUGGAGACAUUCAACGGCUUCACAAGUUCCCAAUGAUCUUGAGUCACAUAGUUACACCUAUAUUGAUACUGAAAACGAUUAAUACAUUCCGAUAAGUUGUUUUAUUUUAUGUUUUAAGAUUAUCCUGUGUGAAAACUAUAGAAAUCAAUUUAUUAUUUGUGGCUCAAAAUAUUAGGAUUAUCACUUCUUUUUAUUCCUA